AUGUGGCUGCAGCAGCGCCUGAAGGGGCUGCCGGGCCUGCUGUCCAGCAGCUGGGCCAGGCGCUUGCUGGCCCUGCUGGGCUUCCUGCUGGUGGCCUACUGGUACCUGGGCGGGGCCCUGCCGCGCCUCGUGGCCUGGAGGCCCGGGCAGGCCUCGGGGGGCGCGGCGGGGCCCUGCCUGCAGGCCGAAGCCCGGGCCUGGCAGGCCUUGGCCCAGCAAGGGGAAGCCAGGCUCCUGCAGGCCGGCUCCGGCCUGGCGCCCGACCAGGCCGGCUCGCCCCCGGCCCUGGUGGGCAACGGCUACCUGCUGCUGGACGCCGCCGCCAACCGGCUCUGGGUGGCCGCCGGGGGGAGAAGCCCGCCGGCCACCCCGGCCCACGCCACCGAAUACGUGGCCUUGGCGCAGCUCCGCAGCCCGGCGAACGCCGUGGCCGAAGCGGGGGCCGUGGUGGCCAUGCUGAAGGACGGGGCCCUCCGGGGGGUCCGGUGCAUCCAGACCGGGCCGGCCGACCCCAGCUGCGUCACCGUCCGGGAAGAGCUGCUGGCCCACCGGGGCCGGCCGCACCUGUACCUGCAGCGCGUGGCCGUGGCCAACCCCACGGACCGCUUGGUGGCCUUCGAGGUGACCGGUCCGGCGGCGGCCGGAGCCGGCCAGUUCAUCACCAGCAUGGAGAAAGCGGGCGACCGGCAGUUCUUCCUCUCCUCCGGCCGGGUGUUGCAGCCCGCUGGCGACAAGGUGGUGCUGGUGGUCGUGGCCGCCAAGAAGCUGGUCAACCGGGUCCAGGUGGCGCCCAAAUCCCAGUUCGAGGAGACGCUGCUGUCCGUGGUCCACACCUCUGAGCCCAUCGAGACCUCCCGCUUGGAGGAGGCCUUCAGCACGCUCCGGGAGGCGGCCAAAAAGGAGAUGUUGGAGGUCAUGAGGAUGAGGACGGAGGACUUGGUGCAGGAACACCGGCAGGCGUGGGCCGACCUGUUCAUCUCAGGGGUUGAAAUGAGGAAGAUCACCGAUGCUCACACCCCCUCCAGCGACACCGUCAACAUGACCUUGUACUACGUCCUGUCCACCACCCCGUCUCCCCUUCUCGACCCCCUCCUCAGCAGUGAGGAAAGGGAGAAGAUGGAAGCCACCUUGAACUACGCCGACCACUGCUUCAGCGGCUACGCGACGAUGCACGCCGAGAACCUGUGGCCGGCCCGGCUGGCGACGGUGCCCCAGGUCCUGCAGCUGUCGAACCUGUGGAAGCUGACUCUUCAGAAACGGGGCUGCAAAGGCCUCGUGGCCGCCGGGGCCCACGGCGUCAUGCAAGGCAUGGUGCUGAGCUUCGGGGGGCUGCAGUUCACCGAGAACCACCUCCAGUUCCAGUCCGACCCGAACGUGCUGCAAAACAGCUACUUCCUCCGGGGCAUCCAUUACAACAAGGACCUGAUCAACCUGGCCGUUCUGUUGGACGCCGACGGCAAGCCCUUCCUGCACGUCUCCGUGAAGUUCCAGGAGAAGCCGGUGAAGCUGUACGCCUGCGAAGGAGGCUGCACCAACGACCCCGUGGAGCUGACGUCGGAGCCGCACGGGCACACCUUCCCCGUCAUGGUGACGCAGCCCAUCACGCCGCUGCUGUACAUCUCCACGGACUUGGUGCACCUCCAGGCCCUGAGGCACACGCUGCACCUCAAGGCCAUCCUGGCCCAUGAAGAACAUAUGGCCAAACAGUACCCCGGCCUGCCUUUCCUCUUCUGGUUCAGCGUCGCCUCCCUCAUCACUCUUUUCCACUUGUUCCUCUUCAAACUCAUCUACAACGAGUACUGCGGUCCGGGGGCCAAGCCCCUCUUCCGGAGCAAGGUAUAAACCCAGCCCGGGACUUGAGUGCCUGAUAUUGAGUGAACUGAACCCACCCCUCAGGUUUGAGAGCGUUCGCCUCUCCCCGCCGCCCUGGAAGUCGGAAGUAUCGGAGCUUGGAAUGUCCUGCGGAUAAGCAGCGUGCGUGCAAAUGUGUGCGUGUGUGCGCACGCACGUAUGUUUACUUUCAUAGAAGGCAGCAGGAACUCGACGGGAGAUUUGUACCACGCAGGGGGGAGUCUAAAAUCAAGGUGGUUUUAAAAAACGCACUGUCUGCUCCUAUUAAAAAAAAAUAUUGAGGGUGAGUGGGUGCACAACCGUAGCAUUCCUGCUCUUCAGGGCCCUUUUCCCAGACUGCAGUUGCUUCAGAACGAUUGUGUGACGAUUGUGUAAAAAGUAGCACGCCAGCUAAUGGCCCGAGCUCACUGUGUUGCAGCUCCAGUGUCCCUGUUAGAAGGGAUCUGUUCGGCUAAGAUCUCAGCUGGCAUGAAGGUCGCUUUGCCUUGUAGACAGAUGUGCACAGUUACCCUGAAACAAUUGUCAGGUUUGGGGGUGGGAAUGUGGCCACUGCUUCUUGUAAAUUGACCCGCUGUAGGGUGUCGGGGAAGGGCAGGCUUUGCUAGAACUCUUGGCGGCAGUAGGACUUGUGGUUUUGAGUUAUUAUUAGAUGCUCCAAGUUAAUGGUGCAAAAAGAAUAAGAGAGGAACCAGAGGUGAACAAAGAGUGGACCCCCUUGAGUCUGCCUCCAAUACAGUCUAGUCCAGAAAGAAAGAAAGAAAGGAAGCUCUCCUUGGCAGGUGAAAUGUUCAACGUUUAGUGACAGCAGCAGAGAAAACAGAAAACUGGAGGAAGGCGUGGACGUUGUCGGUCUGUUUUCUUCUCCGGAGGGAGGGGAGAUAGGAGCUGAAACAGAGGGGAGCUACAGUCUUAACUGGGCGUGGAGUUUGAGCUUUGCGCUUUCCGCGAACAUUAUCCGUAGACGAAGGGUAGGGGGUUCUGGAAGUUUAGUGGGUUUGGGAGGGGAAUAAAUCAUUGGCUUCGAAGACCAGGGUUCAGUGUGAAAGUAUAGGGUAGGAAGAUGGUGCAUCUCCUGCAUGGUAGAGCAAAGGUGUCCAGAAGCUCUUUCCAGCAAGUGCUCUUUAAGUACGAUUCUUUUUAAAAAAAAUGCAACAGAGGGAGAGAAGUCCUUUGUAUAUAGUGCGUGCGAACUACUGGAAUCCUAGUUCUCUCUUGAUCCGCUUCCGUGCGCGUUUCUUGCUCCUGGAAAAUCCAAGCCUCCCAUUGCUUCCGCACCUCCACCCCACUUCCCAUCGCUCUCUUGUUAAACGUUCCCAGCCCAGACUGCAAUUCCCAUCAUUCCCGCUGGCCAUGCGGACUGGGAGUUCCGGGAUUGGCAGUCCCAACGCAUUUGCAAGGCACCCGGUUGGGAGAAGGUUGUGUUUAAACCACCCCGAAGCAGUCGGUACACAGAAUUGCCGUUGGUCCCGGCAAAGCUGCCGACGAGCGAUUUAUCCACGGUGGAUAAACUGUGCUGGUUGAGAAGCUUUGAAGCUUUGACAGCUCCUUCCUAGCAGCUUCAGUACAUCUCAUCCCAUUGGGAGCCCCACAUUCUUGGAAGGGGCAACCCGCGAAAGCGGAGCCCCGGACGACAACUAUCAAACAGUGCAGUUGCGCGUUACUAAAUUCCGGGAGUGCAGUUGCGCAUUAUCAAAUUCCGAGAGUGCAGUUGCACAUUACCGAAUUCCGGGAGUGCAGUUGCGCAUUACCAAAUUCCGAGAGUGCAGUUGCACAUUACCGAAUUCUAGGAGUGCAGUUGCACGUUACCGAAUUCCGGGAGUGCAGUUACGCGUUACUGAAUUCCGGGAGUGCAGUUGCGUGUUACCGAAUUCCGGGAGUGCAGUUGCGCGUUACCGAAUUCCGGGGACUAAGCAACCCAGCACCUUCCAGAUGCUCUGGGCUACAUCUCCCAUCAUCCUUGACCCUCAGCCGUGUGGAUGGGGCUGAAGUCCAAAACACCUGGAGGGUACCAGGUUAGCUAGAUCUUGCCAAUAAAGAAGGCAGAAAUGCGGCCCUACAGAGAUGCCUUCACAUUUCCCCCCCUCUUCAUUUUUAAAAAAGGAGUUUUGCAGAAUGUCCGACUUAAUCAUUAGGAGCAGCUUGGCUUGCUCACGUUAACGUGGUUCAGAGCUUGUGUGUGUGUGUGUGUGAUUCAAAGAUAGCCCAGGAAAAAGAUGAACACGGAGCAGAAAUUAUAUCCGAUUGAGUGUCUUCUUUUAAACUGUGACAUGAACGGUGUGGCAUAACAGUUCUCCCCAGCCUGGUUCUCUCCAGCCCCAACACAUCUCGAGGAACUGGGCUGGGGAACCCUGAACGACGCCUUGUGCUAUUAACUGAACCAAAAGAUCUCUUGAGUGAGCGAAUGAAGGAAUAAUAUCUCCUGGAUGCUUUGCAUGAGCAACCCAGCAGUGGGCAAAGCCCGCGGGGGCCCUUUGAGACAGCAUUCCCUUUUGUGCCUUCUUGGGAAGGGGGAAAUGGAACUAUUGGUGGUGAUUCGAGGAUUUAUAGUAGCGCUUGUGUGUCUUUGCCUUGUGCGAAUCUGUCUUCUUUUCAAACCCCCGUGUCUCCCAUUAAAAUUUACUCUUCAGUGGAGAAUACUUGAAAAUGACAUUACGGCUUUUUAUUUUGAAGCUUAAUGUUGAUAAGAAGUUAAUAAGUAACACCCCCCCUUUUGUUUUUAAUUCUUUCAUCCGCAGACUUAACCUAAUUGGAAAAUUCCACUUUUUCUCUCUCAUAGCUGAAUGUUCCCCUCGUUUCUUGUGUGUACUUUAAUUUAUUGUUAGCGGAUUUGGAACGUCGAUUCUUCGAACUGCAAGGCUACUUCGAGAGUGAAUAACAGCCAAUUAAGAAUGUAUAUGUAUCUCACACUUUGAUCUAGUGCUGGUAAUAGGGGUUUCUCAGCCUUCCUGUGUGCAGAGUGUACAAAAUAGUCAAGUUUAAUUAACGUUAUGGGGUGAAAUGAAAUGUUUGUUCUUGUUCUAAACUUGUUGCAAAGGUUCCGGAUCGCGGGGAGGCAAAUUUGGUGAUUUGAACGCCAUGGUUGUGAUUAUUUUAAAAUACCAAAGGUUUUGGGUUGUCGGUUUUGUUUUUUUUUAAAGGAAAUAAAUACCUUUCAAAUUUACACAAA